GAUCUUUCUAUCCUGUGGAAAUAUGGCGACCUCCAUGCUGUGUAGGAGGACGUUGGAAUUAUGUAGGACUUUAAAAGGACUUUCCUCCUCGAUGGCUUUACUAUCUGUGAACUAUCAGCGUGGAUCUAUGUUACAGACAGCAUGCUAUAACCCAAAACCGCUAAAACUGAACCUUCGGGAACCUUACAUCCCGGACAAGAAUAACGUGAAGACGCCGGAGUGGCAGAAAACGGCCCAAUACGAUGCGAAGCUGUUCGGUCGGUACGGCUCGGCUUCGGGUAUUGACUCUGCUUCUCUGUGGCCCAGCCAUGAGCAGCUGGAUGAAAUUAUCGCUGAAGAAAACGAAUGGCAUCCCUCACUAGAGGUUAUGCUGAAGAACAUAGAAGACAAGGCGAAGGAGGAAACUAAAAAACGACUAGCAAAAGAGAAACUCAUAGCAGAAAACAUGGCCAAAAUGCCCAAGAUGGUCGCCGACUGGCGCAGAGAAAAAAGUGAGACCAAAAAGAAGCUGAAGGAGGAGAAGGCUCGGCGGGCAAAACUGCUGGCUCAAGCCAGGGAGCGUUUUGGUUACGCCAUCGACCCCCGCAGCCCUAAGUACUUGGAAAUGGUGGCCGAAAUUGAGAAAGAAGAGAAGAAGAAAAAGAAAUUAUUAAAGCGCCGGCUGAGAGAGGAGCAGGCGGCAGCUCCAGUAACCCCUCCCACUGCCCCGUCUUAGCCCUGGACUGCGUCGUUUUAGAUGCCUGUUUAUUAGGGUUUCUCCUGCAGUCCUAAAACAACUUCUUAAAGAACUUCUUUCUGUUAUGGGGUUGUAGUGCAAAGAUAUGCAUUUUAAACCCCGUUUUAGUUAGAAUCAUCACAAACUACAUCCACUCUGGCAGUCAUGGUGUUGGUCCAUUUUCAUACAGUUUUCCUGAUAAACUAACAGCCUCAUGAAAAAUAUCAGCUGUUUCCAAGUUUAUUAAGACUGUGGGUUUUCUACAGAGUCCAAGGAUCUGUGCCAGGAAAUAGUCACGAACAUCUUCAAGACCUGGAUUUGGAAAAAAGAAAAAAAUGUUUUGCUGUUGGAUUAAAUUGUUUUACUCUUAUUUGUAUUUACUUUCCUUAUCACCUCAUAUGCAAUACCUUGAAAUAAAUAUAAAAUUCUUCAAGA